CGUCGGCCCAACCCCCAGAGCUCAACGAUGCAAGCUUCAGAGCUACAGAUACAAAGUCAAUCGUCGCCCAACAACAGGACAGCAUACAAUCUCUCUCUGAAACUUUCACUAUGGGUUCUUCCAAGACUCUCAAGCCUCUGCGCUCUGUUUCCAAGUCGCUGACUGCACUGCCUGCCGCAUGUGCCAGCGCGCAAGUAGCGUCGAGGAGAUAUGCGGGGACAAUUGCAAGCUUCAAGAUUCCGACAAUUGGCAAUGAGCCAAAUCAACACUACACCAAAGGCUCCGUGGACAGGCAGAAGCUCCAAGACACGCUCGCAGCACUGAAGAAGCAAGGUCCCGUUCAGGUGCCUCUAGCAGUCGGGGGUGAAUACAUCAACAACUCCUCCAUACUCACCCAGCACAAUCCCUCCUCGCACGCCGACGUGGUCGCCAAAUACUCGAAUGCCAGCCCAGCAGACGUAAACAAGGCGAUAGAUGCCGCAUUGGCAGCAAAGCCGGCAUGGGAGUCGUUGCCCUUUGCCGAGCGUGCUACCGUGUUCCUGAAGGCGGCUGAAUUGAUAUCUACCAAGUACCGAUACGAUAUCAUGGCGGCAACAAUGCUGGGACAGGGCAAGAAUGCCUGGCAGGCGGAAAUCGAUGCGGCGGCAGAGCUGUGCGAUUUCUUGAGGUUCAAUGUCAAGUACGCAGAGGAGACAUAUGCUCACCAGCCAGUGCACAACUCGCCCGGAGUUUGGAAAUGCAGUCGUGUUGAGUACCGUCCCCUCGAAGGCUUCGUAUAUGCCGUGUCCCCAUUCAACUUCACAGCCAUCGGUGGUAACCUUCCAGCCGCGCCAGCACUCAUGGGUAACGUAGUGGUUUGGAAGCCAUCUCCGGCUGCGAUUGCAUCGAACUGGCUCAUCUAUCAAAUCCUUAUCGAAGCCGGUCUCCCUCCCAACGUGAUUCAGUUCAUUCCUGGUGACGCAGAAGCAGUCACCAAGGAAGUGCUGGCCCAUCGACAGUUUGCAGCUCUGCACUACACCGGAAGCACUGCGGUGUUCCGAUCACUGUAUGGCAAGAUUGCGGGUGGUGUUGCCGAAGGGAAAUACCAAGGCUAUCCUCGCAUCGUCGGCGAGACGGGAGGCAAGAACUUUCACUUAAUCCACAAGGAUGCGGACGUCUUCAACGCAGCUAUUCAGACGGUUCGUGGAGCAUUCGAGUACCAGGGCCAGAAGUGCAGCGCCUGCUCCCGAGCCUAUGUGCCCAAGUCUGUUUGGCCAGAAUUCCAAAAGAAACUCGUCGCAGAGACAGAGGCACUGAAGAUUGGUGAGCCCUCGGACUUCGCCAACUUCAUUGGCCCUGUGAUCCACGAAGCCAGCUUCAAGAAGCUCUCCGGCGUUAUCGACGAGGCCAAGAACGACUCUGAACUCGAGCUCCUAGUCGGCGGCAAGUACGACAGCAGCAAGGGCUACUACAUCCAUCCCACCGUUUACCGCACCACGAACCCCAACCACCCGCUCCUGUCCCGCGAACUCUUCGGUCCCGUGCUAGUCAUCUAUGUGUACGAGGAUGCGGCGCCCGACGCCUUCUCCCAGAUCUGCAAACAGAUCGACGACACGUCUGAGUAUGCGCUGACGGGCGCUGUCUUUGCCAAGGAUCGCGAAGUUAUCAAGUACGCAUCGGAUAGACUGAGGAACACAGCUGGAAACUUUUACAUCAACUGCAAGUGCACCGGCGCUGUUGUUGGACAGCAACCAUUCGGUGGAUCGAGGGCGAGCGGGACAAACGACAAGGCCGGAAGCGCAAACUUGCUGUCGAGAUUCGUAAACGUCAGGGCUAUCAAGGAGGAGUUCCUUACUACCGAGAAGGUCGAAUACCCUAGCAAUGAGGUUUAG